UGUGUCGCUGCUUCGAUCACCGCUUCGAUCCUUCCGGGGUCGCCCGUGCUGGAUCUGGAUUUGCCGUUCUCCCUCGGCACCAAGUUUGCAUCCGGCCCGCCCGGCUCGGCAUCCCUCCGUCGACAUGGCCCAGACGCCUGAAUCCAUCUAUGCCCUUUGGGAGCAAGUCUGUCAGCAGGCGUUCAGCCUGAACACCCCGUACCUCGAGCUGGCGAUUUCCCUGGCCGAGCAAGCCCACUCGUCGCCGUCUGGAACCCGUAUCGAUCUGGACGGCUUGCACAGCUUGCCCCGCGAGCAGCAAUCCCAGGCGCAAACGCUUCUAGCUCAGCUCGGCAUCGACCCGCAGUCUGGAGUCGCUCUCCAGACUCUUGAUCCCGGGCGGCUGGGCCGCAUCAAGAACUUGGCCCGGGAAGCCUUCCACCGCACUCACCAGGAUCACCUCUCGGCGGAGCUCGAGCGACUCCUCCAGGAGAACCGCAGCCCAAACGAUGCCAAAGUUCUCUCGGAGCGUGACCUGCAUGCAGUCUCGCAGUUCGUUUCCAAGUACCAGAAGCAUGUCGGCGCUGUGCCGUUUCUGCUGGGGCUGGCUCAGCUCGUCGAUUUGACCCGGCAGUCUCCCCGGCAAAAGGUUGUCUGGGUUCUGGACGAUGCCGUCUUUACCCAGAGCGCUGGCGAUGGGUUCAUGGAAAGCGCCGUCCUCCUGCUCUGCCAAACACUUGGUAUGCAGUUUCAGCAGCCCUCAUCGGCCGACCAAGUCCGGAUCCAGGUGGGCGAGCCGACUGCAGACCUGUCGGCCGACGGAGGGGUGCGAGCCUGGUUCCUGGCAUCGUCGCUGUCGCAGCUCGAUCUGGUCAAGCUCUCUAUCGCCACCCACCUCAGAUCCUCCGCCCGGGCAACCGGGACGAUUCGCCGGGAGGCUGCUGGAUCCAAGCCUGCACCCGAGCCUCCAGGUUCACUGCUCGACUGGAUUAUGUAUAUCUGGAACAGCCUGCGGCUGCUACUCAUUCGGGCACUGUUCUAGAGGGACGGUGACUCCACCAUGGACUGGUUUUGGGUCAGACAUGUCACUUUUUCUCGAUCAAGAAUACACGCCUAUCCACCAUGGUCAAACAGCAUGUCCAAGUGGCCGGUUUGUGGCUGCCUUUGGGGAAGUUUCAGGCAAGCAAGGGAAGGGAUACGCAGUCAGCCCAGGGAGACUCAGACUUGCCAAGUAGUGUUGGCGACCCACCACCACUAUAGGAGCUCGAACGCCGAGAAAGCACAGCGAGCGACCUGUUGGCCCGAAAUCUGGAUGUCGAGAAAUUACGUCGGCGCGGCGCUGUCUAGAGAGUCCGAUGUAUAUUGCAUCCGCAGUCAAUACAGAAAGAAACGGGACGG